UGGGAAGGUUACUAACUGCAUGCACGUGAAUACUAUCUUUACCACUCUGUUUACUUGUGUCUGUUUAGAAUCUUGCCAAAAUGGGUAAAAAUAAAAAACGUUUCAACUGGAAGGCGAGACAGGUGGCGGAAACUGUCAUAGACGAUAGCGAACAGAAAAAAAUCAAAGUUGAUUUGGAAGUGGGAUCCGCGUACGACGAAUGCAACGCUUUGGUCCUGCCUGCAAAGAAGCGAAACACCAAGGUGAAAAAGCCAGAUGUCAAAGCUGCCAAACUCCUCUCGAAGACUCAGAGGAAAAAGCUCGAGAAGAUUGUGGAAAGGAAGAAGAAAAAACAAAACAGGUCAUCUCUGCUUGAAUCAUUGGCGGAAACACAAGUGUCAAAUAAUGAACUUAGCAUGCUCACUUCUAUCACAGAAGUACAAACAAAAGGCCUUAAACGACGGUACAAUGAUAAUGUUGAGGACUGGUCGAAGAAAAUUAACAUAGAAGCUUUGCAAACAUCGUCUAAAACAGAUGAAAACGAAUCAUUUAAAGUGAACUCAAUUAAAAAAGGUCGAAAGUGGAUGAGGAUGCUUGCCUCAAUGUUUCCUAUACAAAAGAAAAAAGAUCCAAAUGUUAUCGGAGUUGAGCCUUCAUCCAGUGAGGAGAUAAGCUCUGACGAGGAAGCUGUGCAGGAAAUUGAAAAAAAAGAAGAAACAAUCCAGUUAAAUGAUAAAACAAAGGAUCUGGCUAAUGUAGUAAAUGAUAACGUAUCAAAUGAAGACAGAAUUUGUGCCAAAUCAGAAAGCAAUACUGUAACAACAUCUAAAGAAAAAAACAGUGUGAAACAGUCAUGUGUAAACACUACAACACAAAGAGAACCUGCUGUUUUUGUAUCAGUCAAGAGGACUGAAGAAAUUCAGGCAGCAAGGCUAAAAUUACCAAUAUUAGCCGAGGAACAGGUCAUUAUGGAGGCAAUAAAUGAAAAUCCUAUUAUUCUUCUUGUUGGAGAAACUGGUAGCGGGAAAACAACUCAAGUUCCACAAUUUUUGUAUGAAGCUGGCUACUCAAGGAAUGGUAAACUCAUCGGAAUCACAGAACCAAGGAGAGUGGCUGCAAUUUCAAUGGCUAAAAGGGUUGGGGAAGAGUUAAACCUUGGCCCAGAAAAAGUUAGCUAUUUAAUCAGAUUUGAAGGAAAUGUUACACCAGAAACUGAAAUAAAAUUUAUGACAGAUGGUGUACUUUUGAAAGAAAUACAAUCUGAUUUCCUUUUAAAUAAAUAUUCUGUUAUAAUAUUAGAUGAAGCCCAUGAAAGGAGUGUGUACACUGAUAUUCUUAUGGGCUUAUUAUCUCGCAUUGUCCCACUACGGCACAAAAGAAAUCAGCCUCUAAAAUUAAUUAUUAUGUCUGCAACAUUGAGAGUUGAAGAUUUUACAAAAAAUUACCAUUUAUUUAAAACUCCGCCUCCUGUAAUAAAAGUGGAAUCAAGACAAUUUCCCGUCUCUAUUCAUUUUAACAAAAGAACAAAUCCUGAUUAUCUGAAGGAAGCGUUUAGAAAAACUUGCAGAAUCCACACCCAGUUGCCUGAUGGUGGCAUACUUGUAUUUCUUACAGGUCAACAAGAGGUAAAUGGAUUAGUAUCAAAAUUAAGAAAGGCUUUUCCUUUAAAGAAUAAAGCUCUUCUUGUAGAAGAUAAAAGCACAGAGAAAGAAGAUAAUGAAGAUGAUGAUGAUCUUGACAUGGAAAAGGUUCUUCAGAAAGUGAAAAAGAAACGGAACAUGAUAAUAAAAUUGCCCGAAAUAAAUUUAGACAAUUAUGAUGUAGCACCAAAUGAUGAUACAGAACUCGAUAUGCUUGAUGAAAGUGACAACGAACAAGAUGAUUGGGGAGAAGAUGACUUCAUUCACAAAAAUGCUCAACCAAUGUGGGUCCUUCCGCUUUAUUCCAUUCUUCCAACACAUAAACAGGCUAAAGUAUUUCAACCACCUCCGGAAGGCUAUAGAUUAUGUGUCGUAGCCACAAAUGUUGCUGAAACAUCACUCACAAUUCCAGGGAUCAAAUACAUAGUGGACACUGGAAAAGUCAAGACGAAACUUUACGACAAAGCCACAGGGGUUACUGCAUUUUCUGUUGUAUGGACUAGCAAAUCUGGUGCAAAUCAACGAGCAGGGAGAGCUGGAAGAACAGGCCCUGGCCAUUGUUACAGGCUCUAUUCUUCAGCCAUGUUUAAUGAUGAGUUUGAAGAAUGGGCAGUGCCCGAGAUGCAAAAAAGACCAGUAGAUGAAUUGGUGCUUCAGAUGAAAUCUUUGGGAAUUCAGAGGGUUGUGAAUUUCCCAUUUCCUUCUCCUCCUGAUCACACACAGCUGAAAGUGGCUGAACAAAAACUCUCUCUUUUAGGCGCUUUAAAACAAGACAGUGAUAAAGAGUUUUCUGGACGAUUAACUCCAUUGGGGGAAUCGAUGGCCAGGUUUCCCGUGGCCCCAAGAUUUGCAAAAAUGCUCUGUUUGAGCCACCAACACAAUCUUCUUGAAUACACUGUCGCUAUUGCUGCAGCUAUGUCAGUUCAAGAAAUACUUUUAAAUACAGAUGAGAAUGGAGGAAAGGUUACAAGAAAAAAAUGGAACGGCACUGGUAACUCUCUCUUAUUAGGUGACGCUAUGGUUUUGUUACGUAUAGUAGGGGCGGCAGAAUAUGCGAACAGUAACGGUAAAUUAGAUGAAUUUUGCGCCCAGAACAAUGUAAGGCAAAAGGCAAUAAUUGAAGUUAGAAAAAUUAGACUGCAAUUAACAAAUGAAAUCAAUUUGUUAAAUCCAGAUUUGAAUUUAAGUGUAAAUCCCAAAAUGGAGCCCCCAAAUGAAACACAGGCUAGGCUUCUAAGGCAAAUAGUCCUAUCUGGAUUUGUAGACCAAGUAGCUAGGAAAUGUGAUGAAGAAAUAAUAGGGAAAAGUGUCAAAAAGAAGCCACUAUACAACACACCCGAUCUGGAGGAACCUGCACAAAUACAUAGCUCAUGUGCUUUGUAUAAAGAGUACCCAGAAUGGAUAAUUUAUCAAGAAAUUUAUGAAACAAAUAAAAUUUAUUUGAGAGGUGUUACGGCUAUUGAACCUGAAUGGCUGCCAAUUUUUGCACCCAGUUUGUGUAAUUUAGCUGAGCCACUUGAAACUCCUGCCCCAUUUUAUGACAAGAACACUGGGACCGUUCGUUGUAGAACGACAGGAACUUUCGGCCGGAGCGGCUGGGAAUUACCAAUUGUUGAGAUGGAACAUCCUGAAGGGCUUGCAAAGUACAAAUGGUUUGCUGUUUUCUUAUUGGAUGGUUCAAUCUUCCAAAAGCUAGAGAAAUAUAAAGAUAAAUUACUCUCUUCACCACAAAUAAUGACUAAGUCUUGGUCCAAAUUUCAACCAAGAACAGAAUAUUUGCUAAAAGCGUUAGCAUCUGAGGAAGUUGACUCCAAAUCAAAAUUACUAAAUGUAUGGACGACAAACCCUAAAUUUCUUUUGGCACCAUACCAAAGUUGGCUUCCGGAUGAUUUGCACAAUGAGAUAGCAGUGAAAUGGCCUCCAACUUGAUGUAAUUUUAUAAGGAUUUUUAAAAAUAUUUUCCAAUUACAAUGAACUUGUAAAUAUAUUUUAUAAAUUGUAUA